AUGGCGGAUUGGGGACCGGUGGUGAUCGCGGUGGUGCUGUUCGUGUUAUUAACGCCGGGACUUCUAUUUCAGCUCCCAGGGAAGAGCCGAGCCAUCGAAUUCGCCAACUUCCAGACUAGCGGAGUCUCCAUAUUUGUACACACCAUCAUUUACUUCGGUCUCAUCACUAUCUUCCUGAUUGCAAUCGGAGUUCAUAUCACCACCGGAAUCAUUUAUCCUUCUAUACCACCAUCAGAUGAAGAAGGCAGGUGUCCCCCUCAACUGCCACUACCGUCUGAUUCUUCAUUAAUCUACGUACAUUUGGAAACAACCAGUGAAACCGGAAAAUGUCUUUUCAAAGUUUGA